UCAAACCUUCAAGGAAGAACUUAUUACUGUACUGCAGAAAUUAUUCCAAAAAAUUGAGGAAGAAGGAAUCUUCCCCAACAUAUUCUAUGAAGCAAACAUCACCCUGAUACCAAAACCAGGAAAAGACCCAAACAAAAAGGAGAAUUUCAGACCAAUUUCACUCAUGAAUUUAGAUGCAAAAUUUUUCAACAAAAUUCUAGCUAAUAGAUUACAGCAUGGCCAUUUUGAGACUCUGUGUCUACUUGUCACAGGACGGAUAAUAUAAAACCAGUCCUUCCUCUGUUAAACGUGGUGCUUGGGUGCUCUUUCUCCCCAUUGGGCCUCGUCUUCCCGCAUCACCACUUGUGAGACUGCUAGAUGAGAAGUUUCUAAUAUUGGAAUUCUUUUCAGCUAUUGAAAUUGUAAGGAAAAAAAAACACGUUAUUUAUUUAUGUGUACAAAUCUAUAGGAUGCAAUGAAAGCUUUGUCAUGUGGACAUUGUGCAUAGCAGCGAAGUCAGGGCUUUUAUUAUAUCUGUCACUCAAAUAAUACAUAUUUUACACAGUGAGUAAUUCUCAUCCUCCACUGCUCACUCUACCCCUCCCCCUGUUAUUCUGAUAAAGAUCCUUACUGGAAGGAAGCUGUUCAUUUUCUCUGACUUACUGAGCAGAAAUGAAAGCUAAGCCAGUUGACGGGAGGAGUCUCUGCACUGUUUUACAAGUGCUCUCUCCCUGGGGCAAUAGCACUCUGUGAGACAGCUAGCACUCCUCCCUUAUUAAGUGACUUUAUCUGGGGUCUUUUCUCCUUGUUAUGUUUGGAAAAAACUUCUUUUUGGAAGGACUUUAGAAGAUAACAUCCUGCAGCUCAGCUUCUGAGAGCUUGCCUGAUUUCCCUUUCUACUCAAAACACAUAUUGCUUCCUGCAUUUCUGAAGAUCUCAAGAUCUGGACUACAUUGGAGAAAUUUUCAGGGAGCAUUGGGACCUCAGGUGGAGGAUGAAUUUCAGUUUCCUGGACCUCUGGAAUCCAAGUAUGUGUGUGAAAUCAAGUUGCCAGUCUGUUUCAGGAAGAAGUCCCCUAGCCUGAGAUGGCCAAUGAAUGCUGGAAGAUUAUUCUGAUUAAAGGAUUAGAAGAAAUCAAUGAUGACCAGUUUAAAAUGGCCAAGUUCUUACUGACAGAUCCAUUAAAACUGACUUCAAAAAUGCAAGAUGAAUAUGGCAAAGUUCAAUUUGCUAACCUGAUCGUAAAGAAGUUCCCGGAAGAUGCUGGUGUGGACAUACUGAUAAGACUCUGCAAAGAAAUAGCAUCACUUCAAGCCUUUGUUGAAAUUCUUAAAAGAGAAAAGGCAAAAGUUAUGAAAAGGAGAUCCACACCAGCAAAAGGAAAACCCCCCUCCAAAAAGAACAAGCAGGACGAAGACAGUCCUGCUGUACCUGCACCCAGCACAAGCAACACUGUCACGUCUGAGGGAGCAGAGGUGACUCCUGGACCUCAGAAAAGAAAAAAGACAGCCCCCGAAAAUGAUGGGUCCAAAAGGAAGAAGAUGUCCAAGGAGCAGACUCAGCCUCCCUGUCUUGCAGGAGUGGACAUGCCCUCAGCCAUCAGCCAUCCCUCACCUCCCCAGACCUCAUCAGCUCCAGCCGACAUGCCUUCAAUUGAGAAGCCAAAACCACAGGCCAAGCCUCAAGUAAACACCAGAGCAAAUCAUCUCCAAAAGGGCCCAAUGACAGUGAUGGUACUGAGUACAACAGAGCCCUUCGAAUAUGAGUCCUCGGAAAAGGAGAAGAAAACGAUGUUUCAUGCAACAGUGGCUACAGAGAGAAAAUUCUUUCAUAUGAAGGUUUUAAAUAUCAACUUAAAGAAAUACAUCAGCAGAGAUAAAAUCAUUACUAUAUCAGAUUAUUUGGAUUAUGACCAUCUCCUAGAGGUAAAUGAAGCCUCUUCUGUAUCUGAAGCUGGUCCUGAACAAAAGCUUGAGGUUCCAGUAAACCUCAUAAACAGAGCACAGGAAACCGUGAAGAUUGAUGUUCUUCAAACACAAGCUUCAGGAACUGUUGUCUAUGGGUUAUUCAUGCUAUGGAAGAAAACAGUGAAUAAGAACAACACAGUCUAUGAAAUUAAAGAUGAUACAGGAAACAUAGAAGUAGUGGGGAAAGGAAAAUGUCACAAUAUCCCUUGUGAGAAAGGAGAUAAACUGGAACUCAUCUGCUUUCGACUGAGAAAAAAGAACCAGCUGUCACAACUGAUUUCUGAAAUACAUAGUUUCAUUCAGGUAAAGCCAAAAGCAAAGCAGAGGAAAUAUGACUCCAAGACUGUGAAUCUACCCACGGUGCAGAGCACGGUUGCAAACUCUUCAGUGGCCAGCACAACCCCAGAUGUCACUCAGAGUCAUUCCAUGACUCCUCAGAUGCAGAGUGUGGUUCCCAGCCGUUCAGUGGCCAGCUCAACCCCAGCUCUCACUCACAGGAAUCCCGUGACUCCUCAGAUGCAGAGUGUUGUUCCCAGCCAUUCAUUGGCCAGCACAGCCCCAACUCUCUCUCAGAGGAAUCCUGUGACUCCUCAGAUGCAGAGCGUGGUUCCCAGCCAUUCAGUGGCCAGCACAACCCCAACUCUCACUCAAAGAAAUCCCAUGAAUCCUCAGAUGCAGAGUGUGGUUCCCAGCCGUUCAGUGGCCAGCACAACCCCAGCUCUCACUCAUAGGAUUAUCAUGACUCCUCAGAUGCAGAGUGUGGUUCCCAGCCAUUCAGUGGCCAGCACAACCCCAGCUCUCACUCAUAGGAUUAUCAUGACUCCUCAGAUGCAGAGUGUGGUUCCCAGCCAUUCAGUGGCCAGCACAACCCCAGCUCUCACUCAUAGGAUUAUCAUGACUCCUCAGAUGCAGAGUGUGGUUCCCAGAAAUUCAGUGGCCAGCACAACCCCAACUCUCACUCAAAGGAAUCCCGUGAUUCCUCAGAUGCAGAGUGUGGUUCCCAGCUGUUCAGUGGCCAGCACAACCCCAUCUCUCACUCAAAGGCAUCCUGUGACUCCCCAGAUGCAGAGUGUGGUUCCCAGCCAUUCAGUGGCAAGCACAACCCCAACUCUCACUCAAAGGAAUCCUGUGACUCCUCAGAUGCAGAGUGUGGUUCCCAGCUGUUCAGUGGCCAGCACAACCCCAGCUCUCACUCAAAGGAAUCUCGUAACUCCUCAGAUGCAGAGUAUGGUUCCCAGCUGUUCAGUGGCCAGCACAACCCCAUCUCUCACUCAAAGGCAUCCUGUGACUCCUCAGAUGCAGAGCGUGGUUCCCAGCCAUUCAGUGGCCAGCACAACCCCAACUCUCACUCAAAGAAAUCCCAUGAAUCCUCAGAUGCAGAGUGUGGUUCCCAGCCGUUCAGUGGCCAGCACAACCCCAGCUCUCACUCAUAGGAUUAUCAUGACUCCUCAGAUGCAGAGUGUGGUUCCCAGCCAUUCAGUGGCCAGCACAACCCCAGCUCUCACUCAUAGGAUUAUCAUGACUCCUCAGAUGCAGAGUGUGGUUCCCAGCCAUUCAGUGGCCAGCACAACCCCAGCUCUCACUCAUAGGAUUAUCAUGACUCCUCAGAUGCAGAGUGUGGUUCCCAGCUGUUCAGUGGCCAGCACAACCCCAACUCUCACUCCAAGGAAUCCCAUGACUCCUCAGAUGCAGAGUGUGGUUCCCAGCCAUUCAGUGGCCAGCACAACCCCAACUCUCACUCCAAGGAAUCCCAUGACUCCUCAGAUGCAGAGUGUGGUUCCCAGCCGUUCAGUGGCCAGCACAACCCCAGCUCUCACUCAUAGCAUUAUCAUGACUCCUCAGAUGCAGAGUGUGGUCCCCAGCCAUUCAGUAGCAAGCACAACCCCAACUCUCACUCAAAGGAAUCCUGUGACUCCUCAGAUGCAGAAUGUGGUUCCCAGCCAUUUAGCGGCAAGCACAACCCCAACUCUCACUAAAAGGAAUCCCGUUACUCCUCAGAUGCAGAGUGUGGUUCCUAGCCGUUCAGUGGCCAGCACAACCCCAACUCUCACUCAAAAGAAUCCCGUGACUCCUCAGAUGCAGAGUGUGGUUCCUAGCCAUUCAGUGGCCAGCACAACCCCAACUCUCACUCAGAGGCAUCCUGUGACUCCUCAGAUGCAGAGUGUGGUUCCCAGCCAUUCAGUGGCCAGCACAACCCCAGCUCGCACUCAUAGGAUUCUCAUGACUCCUCAGAUGCAGAGUGUAGUUCCCAGCCAUUCAGUAGCCAGUACAACCCCAACUCUCAUUCCAAGGAAUCCCAUGACUCCUCAGAUGCAGAGUGUGGUUCCCAGCCAUUCAGUGGCCAGCACAACCCCAACUCUCACUCAGAGGCUUCCCGUGACUCCUCAGAUGCAGAGUGUGGUUCCCAGCCAUUCAGUGGCCCGCACAACCGCAGCUCGCACUCAGAUGCACAUUACAACUCUUCAGAUGCCUCCAACAACCACAUCCAGCAUUUCCUUAACUAAGGUACAAUUUCCUCAAUCCCAUUCCUCUUGUCUCCCAACCAUAAAUUACAGGGAUUAUCAGAAUGUUGAGAAAGAUCCUCUCAUCUCUAGCUGUGUACAGUCUCUUUAUGAAUUUAGAUCACUAAUACAUUUAUUUAUUUUUUUAUUUUUUUAUUUUAUUUUUUUUGCUAUUUUUUUUAAUUUGUUGGCGUAACACAUUUUCUUCCCAGAAAAACUUUAAACAGGUUUGUGUGCAUACACUGUGUGAAGCCCGUGUUCAUUUCUCACUCUCCCAUUUUUCUCUCCAUGCUCUGGAACAUGGUGUCAGGCCAUUGUUGGUGACUGUAUAUCCCCCUGAAAUGGUUUUGAUUGGAAAAUCAAGCAUCUAUUUUUCAUAAUAAAUCUGUAUUUUAUCAAGAUUCUAAUAUUUUCUAAGUUUUAAAAUUAGUUAAAUCACAUUGUAAUUUAAUAACUUGUUGA